CCACUCUCUACCCCUCUAGGUUUUUUGUGGAUCACAAGUCGUCGCUCCAAAGCUGUGGCUUUAAUUCCUUCUCCCAAAUCUCUUCAUCUAUCAUUAUUUCUCCCAACACGAAAAACCUAACCCUAGCCUUAAAUUUUCCCAAUCUUGCCUCUUUAAUUUUCCCAGUAAUUCAUCAAAUUUCCUUAUUUAGAGAGGUCAGCUCAUUAAUACAGGGAGCCGAGCGAUAAAUUAGGAUGCUAUAUUUGAAGCAGCCGAAUGGGGAUCUAGGGUUUCGGAGGCUGCUUGUGAAGUGAUCCGUGGGUUUCGGAUGCGCUGUUGAUCUGCUGGACCCGAGCCCGUUAAGCUCGGGAGCGAGGUUUGGAUCGGAUCUAAUGGAGGGAAAUCGAGAGCUCGGGGAUAGGAGCUUGUACCUGCAGAAAUUUAGGCUCUAUGAGACUCGAUCGAAUUUUUAUAUGAUUGGAAGAGACAAGAGUAGAACAGUGUUUAGAGUGCUAAAGAUUGAUAGGGUUGAACCUUCAGAAUUUAACAUUUUUGAAGAUUCAACCAACUACACGGAAAGUGAUUGUUUUGAUUUGUUGAAGAGAAUACAUGAAGGAAAUAGGUUAAAUGGUGGGCUAAAAUUUGUCACAAAGUGCUACGGAAUUGCAGGGUUUGUUAAGUUCCUGGGACCUUAUUACAUGCUGCUCAUUACGGAGAGAAGGAAAAUUGGUGUAAUAUGCGGCCAUACUGUGUACGCUGUCUCCAAAAGCAAAAUGAUUGCUCUCCCAAAUCCUACAAUACGACCCAAUACGACAUAUUCUAAGGAUGAGAACAGAUACAAGAAGCUCCUAUGCACAGUGGAUCUUACAAAGGACUUCUUCUUCAGCUACUCAUACCACAUUAUGUGUAGUCUCCAGAAGAACUUAUGCAAUGGGGACACCGGGCAAGUAUAUGAAACAAUGUUUGUCUGGAAUGAGUAUUUGACACGAGGCAUUCGGAGUCAUCUCCAAAAUACAAUGUGGACAGUUGCAUUGGUUUAUGGAUUUUUCAAACAAGCCAAGCUAACAGUAUCGGAGAAGGAGUUUUGUCUCACGCUCAUUGCUAGACGCUCACGUCAUUUUGCUGGAACCAGGUAUUUGAAACGCGGUGUCAAUGAAAAGGGAAGAGUAGCUAAUGAUGUUGAGACAGAACAAAUUGUAUUUGAAGAUAAUGCUGGAGGAAUUCCUACUCAGAUAAGCUCUGUUGUGCAACAUCGGGGUUCUAUCCCCCUCUUUUGGUCACAGGAGAGUUCAUGGCGUAAUAUGAAACCGGAUAUAAUCUUGCACAAGGACCAAAAUUAUGAAGCAACCAGGCUUCACUUUGAGAAUCUCGUAAAGAGAUACGGUAACCCUAUAAUUGUUCUAAACUUGAUUAAGACACGUGAGAAGAAACCUCGAGAAACUAUACUCCGUGCAGAAUUUGCAAAAGCAAUUGAUUAUAUAAAUAAAAGUUUACCUGAGGAUAGUCGUAUAAGGUUCUUGCAUUGGGAUCUUCAUAAAUAUUCUCGGAGAAAAGCUACGAAAGUCCUAACUUUGUUAGGGAAAGUGGCAGCAUAUGCUUUAGAUUUGACUGGUUUCUUUUAUGUUCAAAUGCCACCUGCUUCAAGACUUCAAGAUGCUCUGACACGGCCUCUCCUAGUGAAGGACGCUGAUCAGCAAUCGCCUAACAAUCACCACACUAGCACUCACAAUUCUGUUGGAUCCCAGGAAGAUUCUAUUAAUAACUCUGAUUUCUCUCUAAGUAGACACGCAGAAGAUGAAAUAGAAAAUGAUGGACAUAUUCUGAAUAAACCGCUAAGAGUUCAGAAUGGUGUCCUUAGAACAAAUUGCAUAGACUGUUUGGAUCGAACAAAUGUUGCCCAAUAUGCUUAUGGUUUAACUGCUCUUGGCCAUCAGCUUCAUGCCUUGGGUUUUAUCGAUGACCAAAAUAUUGACCUGGAUACUCCACUAGCUGAUGAACUGAUGUGCUUCUACGAGAGAAUGGGUGACACACUUGCUUUCCAAUAUGGUGGUUCUGCUGCUCAUAACAAGAUAUUCUCUGAAAGGAGAGGCCAAUGGAAGGCAGCAACACACUCUCAGGAGUUCUUACGGACACUUCAAAGAUACUACAGCAAUGCCUAUAUGGACGCUGAGAAACAGGAUGCUAUUAAUGUGUUUUUAGGGUACUAUCAACCUCGACAGGGUAAGCCAGCCCUAUGGGAGUUAGAUUCAGACCAGCAUUACAACAUUGGCAGACGAGGUCAUACCACUACUGAGGAAAAUUCAAGGUCAUUUAUCAAAAGAUCGAUGUCAGAUGGCAACAUUCUAUGUGAAGAUAGCUCACCUAUAUCCAGGUAUAACAUUGGCGAAGCAACAAUUUCAAACUCUAUGUUGCGUGCAACAGUUCAUCACAAAGGAGAUGCACAGGGUUAUUCUGAUUCCACACCAGAAAUUUUAACUUGUGAAAAUGAAAUAUCUUAUUCCAGGUGCAACCCAGUGAUGUCUCGUAGGCACCUUCUUACAGAUAGUGAUGAGGUUAACUAUUUCAAUGAACUCAAGUUGGGUGUGUCUAAUGUUUCCAACUUUUUGGACUUUGAUUGGAUUUCAUCAUCUGGGAACUCUUGUGAAGAGGAAAAUUAUGAGAGGUCCUCACUUAUCAACUCCCCAGUUGAGACUCUUUCCAGUGAAAAUGUACCAUGUUACACCCCUCCUGAAACAACCAGAGACCCAAGCGAGAAUAGCAUUGAGGGGAGGGAAACAACAGGCUCAGAACUAUUCUACAGUGCAGAAAGAACUUCUGAUCUUAGGAGGUUCUCGAGGAGCUUCAUUGACUGGGUUUUGCAUGGAGAGGCCUUGUGUUAAUGAAAUCAAAAUGUACUUGGUCCCCAUGUUAGUUCCGAUCCAUUGAAUACAAGGGAGAAAAAGGGAGAGGAUAUUCAUCUUAACCCUCACUUCGUCGGAGUUUUGUAUAGUCCGUACCUAUACAUUCUUUCAGAGCGCAGCUCUGUUUAUGGAUAAAGCUGUAAUUUCUUCACUUUGUAAAUAUACAGGUAGGCAUUUAACAUUUUUCCAGCUAUUUAUGGCCAAUAAUAGGUAUUUGUCCUGAUC